AUGGCGAUGAUCUACACACUAGUUACAUCUGCUAAAGAGUGGUUGUCUGAAAGAUACGGUCAAGAUACUAGCAAUGAGGACAUUGAAAAUGAAGAGGCAGCAAAAGAUGAUGUAAUUGUACCACAUGGAGAACCUGUAACUGUCGAGACAUUUUUGGCUUGGAGAGAAAGAUUUGAAGCAGAGUUGGCCCUUGAGCGAGCCAAUAAGCAUGUGGUGUUGCUGGAUAAGGAAAGGCUGAUGCCUGAGUCUGCACUUACAGCCCCAAAGGAGAAGAAGCUUACAGGCAGACAGUGGUAUGAAAGCGGAAAAGCGAAAGGUGCAGUUGCAGUCAAUGAAGAAUCUGAUCAGGAUGAUGAAGAAAUCAACUUUGAUGAUGAUGAUUUUGAAGCAAUUUUGGAACUUUAUCAUGUGCAUUCUGAUGAAACAUGUCCUCUCUUUGAUAUAAUGGCAGCAGAUGAUGAAGAAGAUAUGCUUGAGCACUAUCUGGCGGAGAAAUCUGACUCUUCCCACUCUUCAAGGAGAGCUGCUUAA